GCGAACAGACGGAAAGGCUGGUACUCACAACAUGUCGGGGAUGUGGGCAAGUGGUCCUUCACGACGCCGCAGUGUCGGUGAAAGCACCAAGGACCGGCGGCCCCGGCUGAAAGCUUUGGCGGCAGAUAGUGCACAGGAGCGUCGCCGUCAGGAAUUCAUCUCCAACCAGAAGAGGGCACGGCGGAACUUGUCCGACCACGCUCGUCUGUUGGCCGCUCUGCCGUCGGAAGAGUCAGAAGCCACAGAUACCGGCGAAUACCAGCACCUCCACCAUCAACCACAAGCUGAGGGCUACGAUUACGGAUUCCCGCCGGCAGAAGGAGGGGCGGUGGUGUCGUCGGCAACAAAGAACGAAGGAAACGGAGGUGGGGCAGGGGCAGGAGGUGGAAAUACAGGAGGAGCGUGGGCGGAGGAGGUCGAAAUGGCGAUCGAUGAUGGACAGGUCCAUGAGAAGGCCCCCCACCAUGUCAGCGACGCCACCGCCGGGGUUUCAACCGCCAGUGGACUGGCGAGCAGCAACAACAGCUCCACCGGCGCUAGAGGCGGUGGGCAAGGCGUCGGUAGGGGGAAGGGGAAGAGAGGCGCCGGAGGCAGCGGCGGUGCGGCUCAACGGGCGAUAAGACGGCGAGACCACUGGGCCAAUCAGCUUUGCACUCCGGAGUGGAUGCUGACGGUCCCGAGCGAUCUCAACGGUGCCGGCAGCACCGUUGGUGCCGGUGAACCAAGUUUAGCGCAUGUAGCGUUUGUUUGUUACCCUGAUUUUACUGGGCAUUCGGCAUGGCGUUUUCGUACAUGCAUGUGUUUGUGUGUGAUUGUGUGCCGGUCGCUAACGCUGACAGGAUGGUACGUGAUGGCGAGGCCGGAGGGCAAGCGUGUGCUGGUCAUCUCGGCAAAGGGGGAAACGGUGGCCAGGCAGAUGUGCGGAGCAAUCACGCACAGGUUUAGCUCGAACUUGCCGGGGGGAUCGUCGACUACGGCGGGACGGCGGGGCAGUUCGAAGGGCGGUGGCGGCUACUGCAUCUUGGACUGUGUCUUUCACGAGCUGGACCAGACUUUCUUCGUGUUGGACAUGAUGGCGUGGAAGGGCUACCCGCUGUACGACUGCAACACGGACUUUCGAUUCUACUGGGUCCGGACGAAACUGCUUGAAGCAGACGGGCCACUUGACACCGUCAGCUCAAGAAACGUCUACAGAAUAAAGCCGACGCCGUACCAUGAGUGCGAUAGACAAGGACUGGCCCACGCCUACGCUUCGCCCGUGCCGUUCAUCAAGGAUGGGCUGCUGUUCUACCUCAAGACCGCCCACUACCAGCUAGGCCCGACGCCUCUGGUGCUGCUGUGGAAGGACGCAUCUGUGGCGAGGUAUCUAGGGAUACAGUCGGACCAGGCUGUGGUGUUGAAGGUAGGGGACCGCAGCAGCGCGGAGUCGGAGGUGGAGAGAGAGCUCUCAAGAGGCGGCGAGACCGAUGCCGGUUCGGCGGAUCACUCUGACAACAGCCCUCGGACGGUUUCGCUUUUGGACGACCCCCACAAAGGAGCGUUUGCUGCUGCGAGUACCGGUGGAGAUCAGCGGGAUGAUGGCGGUGGCGUUGGCGGUGAGGCGAAAUACCCACUGAUGACCGCGGACGGCGUGUGUGUGGGGGAGGUGGGACUGGAAGGGAGCCCUACGUUCGUCCCGCAGGCGAAGGCGAACGACUUGCUGCGGUUCAAGCUGACGGGUGCCGAGGAGGAACUGCUCGACCAAGUAGCGGGAGGCGCGGGGAAGGCGGCGGCGGCGUCGGCCACUGGAGGGGGGGCGGGGGCGCUGAGGGGGUCAGUGCAUGGACUUCGGUUCGACAAGCGCUGCAGCAAGUUGCGGCCUAUGGCGGACACGUGGAGUAAGGUGCUCUUCCAGUCCAGGCUCCGAAGAAACGGCGGGGUUAGUAUCGAAGACAUCGAUUCCAAGGCCAAGUGUGCCAUCACUCCAUCGAUAGGCCCUCAAGAGGGACAGGGAGGUGAGCAGCACGCGGAAGAUGAUGAUGACGAUGAUGAGAUGCUCUAGAAAGCAAGGGGUGGGAUGCUCUAUUUGGG